AGUGAGAUAAUAAAAAAAAAAAAAAUCAAGUGGUGUUCGAUUCCCAUAAAAAACAUAUCAGGAAGUCCUCAAAUGUGACUUGAUCCAACUGAGGACUCAAUUAUUUUCGAUAAAUCUUCUUUAAUUGAAGUACUACCAGCAAAACAUAGAUGUAAGAGACAUUUCUAGCAUUCUUUAUACGGAAUGAAACGUAUGAAACAAGCUGUUAAAAUUGUCCAGAUUGGGGUUUGCGCCUGAGAAUACAAGAAAUCGCAAUAUCGUUUAGUGAGAUUAUCCCACUUCUGAAAUUUCCUUAUAAAUGGACCCGAUCCAUGUUUCAGAUCAGUGAAAUCACAUGAGAUUGAAAGUAGUUUCGUUUCAUAUUCGGACAAAAUGUUGAAGGUAUUUUUUAUUUUAAUGAUCGUAUCGAAUACAAUUUUGGGUGUCACAGUCAAAUAUGAACAACCUGCUCAAGAAGCUGUGAAAGAGGAACCAAGUUCUUACCCCAAGUACCACUUCGAAUAUGGAGUGAAAGAUGACCAUUCAGGAGAUGUUAAGGAACAAUACGAAGAGAGAGACGGUGAUGCAGUAAGAGGGGAAUACACCCUUCUUGAGCCUGACGGUACCAUCAGAAAAGUACAAUACCAUGACGAUGGUCACAGCGGUUUCAACGCUAUCGUAACCAAGACGGGACAAGCAGUACAUCCAGCGGAACCCGUAAAACAGCCUGUACAUCAACCAUACGCGGGAUACUUGCAUUAGAGUUGAAAUAAUGAAAUAUUUGUUGCCUUUUUAUUAGUAUAAGUAGGUUGAAUGUCAAAUUUUUUCAGUUUUAGGUGCCGCCUGAAUGUUUUUAAAAAUUUUUGUUAAUCUCCUGUAAAUAAACUUGAUUCCUCCUCACAAAUAAUUAAUGGUACUACUCCCUAUACAUUGUUCUGAAAAUAGAUGAGGCGAGUAAAUCUCCAAA